UUGACGCGCGUGCGUGACGGCCUGCGCCAGGACGCUCGCGCCGUGUCGCAGCCGCCCCCGACCUUAACACCAAUGCUGGAAUACGAAGGAAACUAUGCGAACGAACAAAACCAGGAAGAUCAUAAGCGAUGUAUAUUUCAGCAUUCAGAGUUGGGGCAUUUAAGUGUCUUGCGGGGCGCUCUCGAGUGGCGCCUCCGCCCGCCUGAAAACGGGGCAUCAGAGCAACGGGGUGAGAUGUCCGCGUCGCCCCAACCGGUGACCGCUUGCGAGGAGCGCGCGCGCACCCCGCGGGGGGUCGCGACACCCCCCUCCGCGCCCCGCUCGCCCGCGCCCGCGCACGCCGUGCUCGCCACCAUGACGCCCGUCCAGCCCGCGCACGACUACUACCCGCACAAGGUGGAGAUGGACUCCGACGAUGGAUACCCUGAGGCGCACUCCUACCGCCACUCGCCUCACGAGCUGGCAGCUUACGCGCCCGACAACAAGGUGGCCGUGCAGCCCGAUGUAUACGACCAGGGCAUGGAGUCUAUAGAUGAGAAGACACCCAUCGAUCUGAUCUACGAGGAUGAUAAGGAGACGGUGAUAUACACGACGACCCCGGACCAGAAGAGGGUCGAGAUGAUAAGCGGCCAGCUGGAGGACGGUCAGUUGGUGAGUGGAGCGGGACAGUUGGUGGACGGUGGCGUGUCUGUGGUGGUGGGCGCGCCGGGACAAGGAACCGUGCUGGUGCUGGCUGACGAACACGGACAAGUCAUCACAAUACCAAGAGAAGAAUCAGCUGACUAA